UAUAAUGGGUCUCCAGGUGUCAUCAUAGUCGAUGAUCAUCAUGGCGUCUGCUCUCCCAACAUUUACAAAAAUCGGUAAAGUUAUUCGCUUAAAUAGACAUGGAUGCACAAAUCGGCCUUUCUAUCAUAUCGUCGUGCAAAAGACUAAGGACAAUCAAGACGGUCCGGUAAUUGAACAAGUUGGCAGCUUUGAUGCUAUGCCUAACAAUAAAAAUGAAAAACUUGUUGCCCUCAACUUCGAAAGAAUUCAGUACUGGCUUUCGCAAGGAGCAAAACUCAGCGAUCCUGUUGCACAGUUACUUGGUCUCUCUGGAUUCCUUCCAAACCAUCCUAGGACUAUAAUUCAAGCUUGGAAGAAUAGACGAGAACCACCCAGAGAAAGAAAAAUCGAAGCUAUUAAAGGAAUUGCUCCACCUCUUGACAAUCCCAAACUUUAGUAUGUUUCUCUUUCCGAUAUAGUGAAAAUAAACCAUUUUUUUUAGCA